AUGCGGAGUUUCAAACAGAACGAUGAGUCAUCUGUGAUUUCUUGUUUCUCAGCUAGGGAAGAGAUAUUAACCCUUCCUGGAAGAGUUGUGGAAAAUGGAAGUGAACAAGGAUCUUAUGAUACAGAUAAAGGAAUUUUUACCAUUCGAUUGCCCAAAGAAACUCCUGGCCAGCAUUUUGAGGGGCUGAACAUGUUAACUGCUCUUCUGGCACCAAGAAAAUCCAGGACUGCAAAAGCACUUGUGGAAGAAAUAGGUGCAUCUGAGGUUUCUGAGGGAGGACUAGAAGAUGAGGAUGGAGAAUUCGACUGGGAAAUUGAACAGUCCCCCUAUGAAGAGGCAUCUGAAGGUGCUCUGAAUCCUCAGUACCACUAUGGCUUUGGAAACUUGCGAUCCGGAGUGUUUCAGCGGUUACAGGAUGAAUUGAGUGAUGUUAUUGAUAUUAAGGAUCCAGAUUUCACUCCUGCAGCUGAACGAAGGCAGAAACGCCUGGCUGCUGAGCUGGCCAAAUUUGAUCCUGAUCAUUAUCUAGCUGACUUUUUUGAAGACGAGGCUGUUGAACAGGUUUUGAAGUAUAAUCCUUGGUGGAUUGAUAUAUAUUCAGAAAUGAUGGCCUCUUUGGGAAAGAGUCAGGAACAAGAAAAUCAUGCUGCAUUAGUUUUGGAGCUGAGCAAUGUGGAAAACCAGUUUCCAGCUGCAUUGAGGGCUUGCACCAAACCCCUGCUCUUUCAGUCCCAGUUUCAGGUUGAUCUCAGCCUUGUGUGCUUCAGGAGUAGAUUGCAGAAGGAGAAAUUUUCUUUAGGUAAAAGUGCAGUUUUAAAGUGUCUACUGGAUGUUCACAAAAUUUUUCAGGAAAAUGACCCCGCUUAUAUUCUGAAUGAUCUCUACAUCUCAGACUACUGUGUGUGGAUUCAGAAAGCCAACAGGUGGCGGCAGUGUUUGUGGUGGAAAUCUCGGUUUCGCCAGAUGGAAGAUUGCAUCUUUAACCCCUGAGGUCGUCAUGGCAUGUCAUCACUUCAUUUCAUCCUCCUGCUAAUUGAGCUUAUCAAGUACCCUGCUGCCACUUCCUGUUGUUUUCAUAAUAAAAUUAAAUUGAAAUAGUCUAUUUGUGUGGGUUUAGGUUUUUCCUGUUCCCUUCAGGGUGAGGAUUUUAUAAACAUGUAAUGAGCAUGGAGGUUUGUGUGAGGAUCCCAUUUCUAUGAGCGCCUCUUUUCUCUGUGGCAUUCCUUAUUAACUAGAGAGGAGAUCAUGUUUCAUUAAAGUGGAAGGGUGUGUGCCCUCAUGUCCGUGUGGGGAUUAGCACACCUCCUUGCGCUUAAAAAAAAAUCCUUUUCCCUUGGU